CGAGUGAGACGGAGUGAGUGAGUGAGCGAGUGAGACGGAGUGAGUGAGCAGGUGAGCGAGCGAGUGAGACAGAGAUGAGUGAUUGAGGGAGACGGGGACGGACGCAGUGAGUGAGACGGGGACGGGCGGCGUGAGACUGAGUCAGAGAGACGGAGACGGUGUCUCAGUCACUCACGGAGACAGAGACCGAAAGAGCGAAAGAGAGAGACAGAGCCCAAAGGAGAGAGAGACAGAGCGAGAGAAACAAGACUGAAUCAACUCCACAGAAGAGAGAGAGACUGGGUUUCUGCAUUGGUAUGCCUGCUCCUGCUCUCUCAUUUCCACCAUAUGCCGCUGCUGCCUCUCUGAGGAGACCUGGAUGCCAAUCGCCUGCUUGAGGCUACUCCUUCAUCCUCAAUCAUUUACAUGUAACAUUUAUACUCUCUGUUCCCGGCGUGAGAGAGACCGGGAGAGCCUGAGUGAGAAGAGUGGAUGACAAUAUCCUUGCUUUUCUCCUUUCUGCUGAAGUUCCUGCGGCGAUUAGCAGAGCGGGUGGUUUCGACUCUUUGGACACUAUCCGUCUGAGCUGUCCGUGUUUGGAGAAAAAGACUGAAAGGAGAGGACACAACAUUCUCUGGGAAACAUCGCACUCCAUAUCAUCUAAGAUAUUGGGGAACGUGUGACUGCAUUUUUAUGAGACAAACCGGUAUUAUAGUAAGCGAAGAUGAUGAAAGUUGUUUGACCUUUUUGAUGAUAUAUUUCCCCCCUGCUCUUCGUGCAGCAGGCACACAGCGCUGCACGUGUUGGCUGUGUCUUUUCUGAGGAGAGAACGAGAAGUAGGAUGAGAGCCUGCCAGAGUAUUUGUCCUCUGCUAUCUGUGUCCUUCUCUGUGUGACUCGUCUGUGUCUGUGCAGUGAGGGGUGCCCUGGGAGACUCCCGAGUCGCUGAUCGUGGGCGAGGGCUAGUCCUCAACAUUGCUGCUGACAUGGCAGAGGGAACACAGCUUCUCUCUUUGGGGCACCGGCCUGGUCUGCUGCUGAGCUAGGACUUGGACCAGCCAUUGACCAUCCCCGGCCAAGUUCCAGUCCUCUGUCUCUGGAUCUGGUUUCAGACCAGGGGCUUUCAGAAGGCUCCCUGGCUGCAAGAUGAACUCUUCCUUGGACCUGCUGGACCUUGAGCUCCUGAACCAGAGUGGCUCUCCUUUCUGCCUCCUAGACAUGGGCUACUCCCAGAUCUUCAACACCUGUCUUUUAGAGGUGGCCAUCAUCUUGCUCCUCACAGUUCUCAUCAUCUCUGGCAACCUGGUGGUGAUCUUUGUCUUCCACUGUGCUCCACUGCUCCACCACCACACCACCAGCGCCUUCAUCCAGACCAUGGCCUACGCAGACUUGUUAGUUGGGGUCAGCUGCCUCAUCCCUUCCCUCUCCCUCCUCCACCACCUGAAAGGCCUGGAUGAAGAGCUCACCUGUAAGGUGUUUGGUUACAUGGUUUCCGUGUUGAAGAGCGUUUCCAUGGCGUCACUGGCGUGCGUUAGCGUGGACCGCUACAUGGCGAUAACGCGGCCGCUGUCAUAUGCUACACUGGUGACACCGUGCCGGAUCCGCGUGUGCAUCCUCCUCAUCUGGCUCUACUCCGCCCUCAUCUUCCUGCCCUCCUUCUUCGGCUGGGGGAAGCCUGGCUACCACGGCGAUGUGGUUGAGUGGUGUGCCAUGGAGUGGGGGACAAAGCCGCUCUUCACGUCAUUCAUCGUGGCGCUGCUCUAUGUGCCGGCCGCCAUGACGGUCUGCUUCACCUACGCCAACAUCUUCCGUAUCUGCCGGCAACACACAAAGGAGAUCAGCGAGCGCCACGCCCGCUUCAGCCCACAGGAGAGCUCUCUGGGACAGGAUGGCCAGCCGCAGCAUGCGCCGGCGUGCACGGACAAACGCUACGCCAUGGUGCUGUUUCGCAUCACAAGCGUGUUCUAUCUCCUCUGGCUUCCCUACAUCCUGUACUUCCUGUUGGAGAGUGCUGGAAUCUACCGUCACCCCGUCGCCUCGUUCCUCACCACCUGGCUGGCUAUCAGCAACAGCUUCUGUAACUGUCUGAUCUAUAGUCUAACCAACAGUGCCUUCCGGAAGGGUUUAAAGCGUCUAUGUUCAUUCUGCGUGCAGCGUGUGGACAGUAAGAAUCCUUUUGGCCCUGGGCCGGGGCACGGACAGGGGCCAGUCUGCACACGCUCCACAUGCCAUGUGUAGGACCUCCCAGAGACCCGUGUGACGGUCGAGUCAGUGUGUCGUGUUGCUAAAGCACUAAGUGUGUCCCAUGUUGAUGCUGAGCUAAGGGGAACAGGCUUCACAGGAUGCAGUGUUGCUACGGUUGUUUCCAGACAGUUGGAUGUUUGUUGGAUGGUUGCGUUCCUGGUCACAGCUGGCUCUGACAGGAUCGGCUCCAGGACCCGAGCGUUUUGAGCCCCGCGUGGGAAGUACAGCCCAGCCUCUGCCAUGAGAGAGGUAGAACAUGGAGGGGGAGUGAGAGUCAGAAUAAGGAUGUGGAAUUACAGUACCCUAACCUUUGACUCCAGUUACGGAUGACAGAGCUAUGGCUACGUUGUGUCAGCGUUUUGCGGUGGAUGGAGUGUUAGUUGAUUGAACAUCUCCCUUCUGACAGUACUUGCCAAAAACACAAACUGUAAGAACACAAGAACACAUGUUCUUGUGGGAAAAAUAUGUUUGAGACUGUAUCUUCCUAGCAGUUUGUGAAACAAUGUGUAUUUGUGCCAUGACUUCAGUGUAUUAAAUGCAACAAAGUACUCACAUAAUUUAAAAAAAACUGAAAAACACUUUAAUACUGAGCUAAGGGGAGCUGUCAAUAACUUAUUUAAAUGUUUUCCCUUGUGGUUUUUAUUUAAACACGGAAACAGAAUAUUUACAAUAUUGUGCUCUGAAGGGUGCAGCAAGCUCAGACUCUGAAGAGAAGCAAGUACUUCAUCAUUCAUUUAUAUCUGGGCUGUUCUGAGGCAGAGGUACAGGCAGAGAAAGGGAGGACCACUUUGUUUAGAGGUUUAAACACCAGGACUAGUUUACUCCCGAGGGAUCAGAGUAAUCAUUGACUGGAUUACUUUUGUUUCAACAAGCUUCCUUAUCAUCAGAGCCUGUCUGACUCUGUAACCAAAGUACAUUGCAGACAGACAGUCCGUUCCAGUUUACUUAUGAGGAGAAUGUGGUCGUUGUGUCAAAGCAGAAGAUUGAUUGAAAAUUGAUUGUUUGAGUUUCAGAGUAGUUUAUCAUCUCCAAAGCGUUGCCCCAUUGUCUGUUGCAUCUGGUAUUAACAAGCCAAUACCAGUGGGCCUGAUUAGUGACC